AUAAUAUUAUCCUAAUUUUACUAUAGGUUAAAACUAUAUAUACCUGUAUAUAAAUGUACUUCACAAUUGUCAGCAUCUGAUUUGCACAAACGCAUCAAUUCCUUCUUUUUGAUUUCAGUUAAACAGCAUGUUCCUGUGACACUGGUUGAUGACACAAAUUAAACGCGACAGUUGUGGGUUGCGUGUCUACUGCCGAUGCCUUUCAAUGUGGCUUUGGAAUUUAUUUCACAUGAAGGGCGUAUCAACAUCGAAAUAUAAGUGUGACAACAGAUGAUGGACAGUAUUAUUCAUAAAAACAUGCCUCACUGUGAUAUUUGACACCUGCCAGAAAGUAGUUAACCAUAAUUUUGGAUGUCCAAGCAGUAUGCCAAUACUUAAGGUUUAAGCUAACAAUGUUUGGGAUACCCUGUAAAAUGCAAAAAUUAAGUGGACUAGGGAGGACUGUCCCUGUUUCACAUCGGUGGAUUUCUUUAUCAGCAGUAGGUUGGAAAAGCCAAUCAGCAAACAGUGAAAAUGAGGAUGAUGACAAGCGUGAUAUGUUAUCCACAUCCCCAGAGAAGCCAUUCUUGGGCUCUGAUCCCAGCUCUUCAUCUCAAAAUUUUAUGUCUGGCUAUACCUUACAUCGGAGAAUGUGGGGAAAGUCCCUGUCGCCAUUGGAAAGAAUCAGUCGCCUAUUGCCAGAGGUCUCUUUGCCAGAAGAAGUUCAAAGCUUGAGGGAUAAGGUUGAAGUUAGUAGCAGUAAUGGAGCUCACCUGGGCAUAAAUAUUAUGGCAUCUUGCUCUGUUCUUACCAAGGCUAAAGUAGAAAUUACCUCUCCAGAAAAUGAAGUUAUGGAAGAAAUUCCAAAAUUGGCAUGCUUCGGCUCAGAGAAACCAAUUAAUAGCCACCAUUCCCCUUUUAAAGCAGAGGACCUUGUGUUGGCAGAGUUCCGCAAGAAGAACCGUGUGGAGUUUAGGAAAAUUUUUACUCUGAGUGCGGUUGGAAAGCUGCAGUGUAACUGGGGACUGAUCCACCACAGGGAUAUUAUAGGAGUUCUACCCGGUCAAUUUAUCACCUCCUCAACUGGAUUUAAAUUUCUCAUGAGACGGCCCUCAUUAGAAGAGUAUGUACUUCUGAUGAAAAGAGGUCCAACUAUAUCCUAUCCAAAGGAUAUGAAUGCCAUGCUGAUGAUGAUGGAUGUCGGCUUUGGAGACUACAUUUUGGAGACAGGAUCUGGAUCAGGGGCUAUGUCUCUGUUCUUAUCUAGAGCAGUUGGAUUUGCGGGUCAGGUUAUCAGUGUUGAGGUGCGAAAAGAUCACUAUUUCACUGCAGUGCGAAACUUUCAACGCUGGAGGACAGUAUGGAAGACAGCACGAAAGGAGGAAUGGCCUGACAAUGUAACAUUUAUCAACAAAGACAUAACCUCUGUUGCUCCCGAAAUUGCAGGCAUCAUUUUUGACUCUGUAGCACUAGACAUGAUAAGCCCUCAAAUUGCUCUGCCAUUGGUUCAUCAACAUCUCAAAGAGGGAGGUGUCUGUGCUGUUUACUUGGCCAAUAUAACACAAGUGGUUGAUUUGCUGGAGGGAAUCCGGCAUUGUAAAAUGAAUUUUCUCUGUGAGAAGGUAACAGAAGUCACCCACAGAGACUGGAGAGUGUUGCCUGCCCGAAGAAAAGAUGGUAGCACGGCACCUAAAGUUUCACCUAGCAUUGCUGAAGGAAAUGCAGAGACAAAAGAGCAAGUGUAUUAUGAACACGAAGAGGCAGAGGAACUUUGUGAACAAAGUCAAGGAAGAUCGGAAACGAGCAAUUCUCCCCCAUUUGGCUCCAUCCCUUAUAUUGCCCGUCCUAAUCAUCAGCAAGCAAGCCACACAGCUUUUCUUGUUAAACUGAGAAAAUAUAUACCUACACUUGGUUUUAGUGCAACUGAAACCCCAGACCUCCAGUGAUUAAGAAAUCCAAAAAUGAAGCCAUCUAGGAAACAGCACAGUACCACAAUGUUAUAUCUUUCUUUCAAUAAAAAUGUGAAAAGUUUUGUUACAGGC